AUGGAUCUACUAUUGGUAUGGGCAUCAUUUGCUUCAUGGGCUUCUUUUUAUAAGUCAUGGGUGAUCUUAUGGGCAGCUGCCUAUCUGGCGGUCAGUAAUUGGCGGAUUAUCAGGCAGAUUGUUCAAAUGGAAACAAGAUUUUCAGAUACUCAAGAUGCGAGCUGUCUUAAAAACCAACACAGUAGUAGUUUCAUGACUACUGUUGAGCCAAAUAAGUAUGUGUUUAAGAUAGAAUUUCUCACUAAAAAUUGUCUCCUUUAUUAUAAAGGAAACAUUCUGAAUUACAUGUCUGGAUUAGAUUUGUCAUGUAACAAUUUGACAGGCCAAAUUCCUCAGAGUCUCGGGAAGUUGUUCGCCAUUCAUGCACUAAACUUAUCCCACAAUCAUCUUACAGGGUUUAUCCCUGUUUCAUUGUCGAAUCUAUCCCAGGUUGGGAGCCUGGAUUUUUCUUACAACAAAUUAAGUGGAAAAAUCCCAUCAGAGUUGGUCAAUCUUAACUUCUUGGAAGUCUUCAGUGUCGCUCACAACAAUUAA